GUUACAUUUGAAAUAUUAUGUUACUUGUGUUUGCUUUAUUGUUCAAAAUAGCGUUUUACGAAUUUGCUUUCUGUCCGUACAAACUAUGCUACCGCCUACCUACGGCCUACGUUAGCCCACAUUUGUUCAGCACGUGAACAGGAAACUUCCUAUUAGGGUAUUAAAUUACUUUUAGUCGAACGAACGGGCAUCAGGCUUUCUCGUUUGCUCCGUGGAAGAACAAGAUAGACAAAUUAUUACGAGGAAAAACAGUAUUUUUGCACAAGUCGGAGAAUGAUAGUAUUUGUUGUGCAAUCUAUGAAACCUUCACAUUUCGAUGAAGCAUAAGUGAUUCAAGGCUUGACUCGAUACACGAUUAUGUGCGCGCGUGUUCAAAGAUACCUAUGUAUAGUGAAACACACACAGUCAGGCGCUUCGGCUAGGUCGUUUUUGUCAUUAUUGAUACCGUAAUAUGUACAUCGGUAUAUAGAAGGAAGAAAUAUACGUUCGUUUAGCUAUCACAAACACCGAGUAUGCAUCUAGACGACACACGAUGAAUAUUUUUAAAGCUAUUGAAUAUCUUUUUGCCAUACGAAGUCUAUGCUCGAAGUACGAUCGCCAAAUUGAGUAAAGUGUAAGAAGAGAAAAAGAAAUACGUUUAUUAAAACGAUGUAAAGUUUAUAAAUUUUAUAACGCGUAUACUGGUAAUGACAAGAUCAAUGUUAUUCUCAAGCUGAAACAUGAACGUGUUUUGGAGCUGUUUGAAUAACAACCAGAAGUUAAAUCAACAAAUAGGAACGAUAAAAUGUUAUUGAAACCGAUUGAAACAAUAUUGAUAAAAAGAUUUUGAAAUAUUGGGUAUUAAAAGUCAUUUAAAUUUGUUUUGAUAGAGAAACUUUUCAUGUUUACCGAUACUAUUAGUAAUGGAAGAAAGUGAUAAUGCUUUAGAACAAAUACAAGAAGCAUUUUUAAUAUUAACCGAAAGCUUUUUGGAACAAGGUGCAUCUCUGUCUGACCUAAAAUCUGCCAGUGUACGAAAUAAUGGAAGACACACAAAAAGCUCCAUUUUUCAUUACAUCUGUUCAAAGAAGGUUCUCCUUGCCUUUUUUAUGCCAAUACUUUGCAGUAUGCUUUUUAAAUACGUGUACAUUGAUGUGAUUAAAAGUAUACGUGGUACAAGAUGUCUAAUACCAAAUAAUUAUUUCAUAUGGGAAUUUACAAGACCAAUAGCAAAUUGCAAUUAUUGUCGCAAUGUUACUGCAGCUUUGAUCUUACCAAAUUUAACUAGAGAAGAAUUCAAACAGUAUGCCUAUUCUUCUCAACCUAUGGUGAUAAAAAAUGCUGCUGGCCAUUGGCCAGCUUCCAAGGUAUUUAGUUGGAAAUUCUUCAGAGAUUUGUAUGAAUCUAUAGACGGUGCUUAUGAUUCGGCAGAGGAAUGCCAAUUUUUGCAUUUCAAAAGUAAUUUCACCAAUUUACGCGAUGUUUUUGCAAUGAGCAAAGAUAGAGCUAUGCAACAUAAUGGAAAAGACCCAUGGUAUGUUGGUUGGAAAAACUGUCAUCUUCAAAUUUUGGAUGUUAUGAGAAAGUUUUACAGUCUACCUCAUUUUUUGCCAGAAGAUGCAGAAGUUCCAUAUACCAAUUAUGUUUUUUUGGGAUACGAGGAAGGUGCUGCUAUGCAUCUGGACUACAUCUCGCGACUCAUGUGGCAAGGACAAAUUAUAGGCGACAAAAUAUGGACUGUUGCUCCAACUCCGGAAUGCGAUCAUAUUUGUACGCGUUUUAAUUUCACUGUUCAUGCUGGAGAUAUUGUUCUUUUAGAUACAAGAAUUUGGUAUCAUGGCACUUAUGUUAUGAAUGGAAACAUCAGUUUGACGGUCACCUCCGAGUAUGGGUAGACUUAUAAAUAAUGUACAAUUCUAGAGACUGCAUAGAUAGCAUUCCAUGCAGUUUAAAGUUUUUAGAUCAUAAAAUCGAAAAACACAAUUUCUUGCCUUACAAAAUUAUUGUAUUAUAUUAAUGUUCGAUCGAACAUAUCAAGUUUAUACUUACCAAAAAUUUAAUAUUACGCGAUUUAAACUUUACUUUUAUAAGAGAUUCUUAUCAAAUACAAUGGGCGCAUUUUUAGCGAGAGUUAUAUACGAUAAUUAAAUUCUAAUAUAUAUAUAUAGAAUUAUGAAUUUUGUAACAUUUUAGACUGUCCGUUUAAUCAAAUUGUUAUGAACUAUUAAAUAGCAUACAAUUUUUAAAUAAAUAUUAAUUAUUGCAUGUGCCAUUUUUGCCAUAGAGAAAAACUAGUCAAGAUAAAAAUGUAAACUUCUUAAGCAAAUAUCACCACAAAUGGAACGAUUUGUGAUUUAAUAUAGCUGAUUAUUAUGCAAUUGAAAAUUAUUUUUAUAUAUUAAUAUACAUGUUACGAGUUUCCAUGGACUGAAAUUCACUAUUACACUUUCAAUAGAAAAAAUUACAUAUGUUUAAAUAUAUUUUGAUAAUAAAUUUUAUGUAAA